AUGUAUGAACUUACCCAUCGCUGGUAAGCCAAUUUUCCUUCAGUUUUGAAGGCAACGGUCACCUACCCAUCGAUGGGUAAACACUUCCCAUCACUGGGUGGGAGGUUGACUUUCAAACAAGGAAAGAAUCAGCCUUAAAUGACUCACAAUGGUCAUGCCUAACCAGCGAUGGGUAUGCCCUCCCAUCGCUGAGUUCCCAUCGAUGGGUAGAAGUCCCCAUCGCUGGGUAAGGGUAUUCUGCCUUGUGUUUAUAUUGGACCAAGGCUUGUACAACAAUGGGUAGAACUUCCCAUCGCUUUUGGCAUGGUUCUGGAAUUCGGUUGGGCUGAAGGCCCGCUUACCCAUCGAUGGGUAAUGCUUCCCAUCGCUGGGUUGAUGAUUGCAAAGAGGCCUUGGCGGGAGCGGGGGCUGGUGCACGACUUGGGCCUGCGCCGUCUCGGUUUCCAGACUUCUUCUGGAAGGGCCGUCAUUAAUGAGCCAAAUCUUCUUCAUCUUAGUGCUUGGUCCGGCAAUGUGGAUGUCGGAGGAGAUGAUGAGAUCCAUGACGAGGAAGGCGUGCGGCAAGCUCCGCUCGGUGGCGAGGGAGGCGCAAUCCGCCAUGUGAAUCAUGACGAACUUUGCCUAGUUGAUGGAGGUACUGUGGAUGAUUGCAUGAUAUGCCUUCAGGUCCUCGUUGAAGAGCGAGGUGUGACUGCUGUCCCGGGGGUGGAGAAUCCGAGUGAGGAUGUAGAGAAGAAGACGCUUCUCCGGCGGGGUCGAGUGGAUUGUCGCUGGGCCGCUGUGGCGAAUGAGGAUCUACCCAUCGAUGGGAAGGUAGCCACUGGAAAGCGAGGAAGAAGUCAAUGCUGCCUUCCGAGCGAUGUUAAAGUUCUCCCAUCGAUUGGAAGAAUGAGUCAAGAAUCGACCCAUGGUCAGUACGUUCCGGAGCCGGAGCACGUGAGCGUGCACACGGUGAACACCGAGGGUUCGAGUUUCACGCCUCCGGGUGACAGAGGGCAACAGCAGAAUCAACCUGAUCCGGCGGGACAGCCACAAGCUGUACCACCGCCAGUCGUAGCACCUCCAGUGAUACCACCGUUGGUGAUGCCGCAGGUGGCCUACGAGCAGAUGUUCCCGGCCAUGAUGGCCCAUUAUAUGCAGCACAUGGCCCAGCUUAUGCCCAUGUUCCAGCCACCGCCACCACCACAGCCGCAGCCGCGCAUCGUUACCUUCAAGACGUUGAAGGAUAAUGGAGCGGAAGAGUUCCGAGGAGACAAGAUGGGGGAGCCCCAGAUUGCAUUGGAUUGGCUUAAGCAGAUGGACCGGGUACUCAAGAAUUUGAGAGUCCCAGAUGCUGAUCGCUCGGAGUUGGCGUCACAGAUGUUCCGGAAGGGAGCAUAUGAUUGGUGGAAGCGCAUUGACCAGGAUCCACACACGCCCAAUCCAUGGACCUGGGAUCGCUUUGAUCGAGCUUUCACGAAGGAGUACGUCCCCACCUGGUACCGCGAGGAGAGGCGCGAUGAGUUCGUUGCGCUUAAGCAGAAGGGGAUGUCACUGCCUGAACUGAGACAGAAGUUCGACUACCUGUCCCAGUAUGCGACGAGUCUGGUCUCCACUCCGGAGGAUCGUUUGAAUGAGUUCGUCAAGAAGCUACGGCCGGACUUGAGGCCGUACGCCGCGCUGAUCACGACGACAGAGUUUAAUGCGGCGAGGCAUUGCCCGACAAACCCUAGCAGCGAGCCUGUUUUUCCUAGAGCUCCGGAUCAGCCUGCCACAUCACAUCCAGCACGGAGACAGCAGUCUACAGCAGCAAAUAAUCAGCAGAGACCACGUCCGCAGCAGUCAAGCCGGGCACCAGCGCGUACCUACGCCAUGCAGGGGCGCACAUAUCCUAGUCCCGAUGUUAUCUUGGGUACGUUCAUACUAUUUGAUUCGGUUAUGCAUGCCUUGAUCGAUCCGGGUUCUACGCUCUCCUAUAUCUGUGUUGGCAUGCCCGCUAAUUCUGCGAUUGUGAGGAGUGACCUUGAGAUACCUACCGUUGUAUCGAAUCCGCUAGGACAUAGCAUGCGUCUUCAUCACAUUUAUCAUAGGUGUCCGUUGUCCGUGCAAGGGAAGCAAUUCCCUGCAGAUUUGAUAGAGCUACGACACAAGGAGUUUGACAUUAUCCUUGGUAUGGAUUGGCUCACCGAGCAUAGAGCAGUGGUCGACUGCAGUUGUCGGACCGUACGGCUGAGAGCCGAGGACGGUAGCGACGUAUCACUCUCCAGGGAGGUGUUCGCAAGGCUCCCGAGUUCAUAUCGUCCUUGAGCGCAAGGCGCUUGAUUCGCAAGAAGUGCGAGAUGUUCCUGUGUCACGUUCAGGAUAUGCGAAAAGAAUCACCACGUCAGCAGGACAUUCGUACGGUUUGCGACUUCACCGAUGUCUUUCUCGAAGACCUACCUGGUUU